GGCUUUCAAUUUUUACAACCUCUCUUUCCACCCUUGCAAUGAGCUUUGAAACGAAGUGAAAUGUACUAGAAACAUUAGAGGAGACCGAAAAUGAGGUCUAGAUUAUUACUGCAAACGCGUGAUUCUUUGCGUUGUGCUGUAAAAUGCAGAUAUGGGGCUUCGUAUUCGGCCUUGAGAUGGUCUUCAACGGAGACGAGAAAAUGGUCUACACCCCUUGCAAAACAGCUUUCUGAAGCUAUCACAGCUACAGGACCAAUUCCUUUGGCAUCGUUUAUGCGGAUGUGCUUAACAUCCGAUGUAGGUGGAUAUUAUACCUCAAAACAAGAAGGGAGAGAUCAGUUCGGACAAAAGGGCGAUUUUAUUACCUCUCCAGAAAUAUCACAGAUAUUUGGGGAACUGGUUGGUAUUUGGUUUGUGGCAGAAUGGAUGGCUCAAGGCAAAAAGAGAAAGGGUGUUGAAUUGGUGGAGAUAGGUCCGGGGAGGGGCACUUUAAUGGAUGAUAUGCUGAGGACAAUCAGGAAUUUCAAGCCAAUGGCUGAGAGCAUAGAAGCUGUCUAUAUGGUAGAAGCAAGUCCUGCUUUGAGAGACACGCAGAAACAGCUUUUGUGUGGGGAUGCCCCAAUGAUAGAGACCGAAACAGGAUUCAAGAGUACUAGCAAGUACGCUGGUAUUCCUAUAAUGUGGACUGAGAAUAUGAGAUUUGUACCUUCUGGCGCGGACAAAACUCCGUUCAUCGUUGCCCACGAAUUCUUCGAUGCUCUUCCAAUCCACGCCUUCCAGUCCGUACCUCCAAACCCCAAUGCUCCAGAACCUACCACAAUUCAAACGCCCACUGGUACUCAUCCACUUUCCCCCUCCACCUCCAAAUCAUCCACAGCCAAAACACCUCAAUGGCGCGAGAUGGUUGUCUCGCCCACCCCGCCAAACAGCACUCACAACGAUGUCCAUACACCAAAAUCCCUUCAAUCCCAAUCCUCCCCUCCCGAAUUUCAACUCACACUAUCCAAAGCCUCGACACCGCAUUCCCUUUAUCUUCCCGAAAUCUCCACUCGCUAUCGAGCCUUGAAAUCCAUACCCGAUUCGCUAAUCGAGAUAUCUCCUGAAAGCCACGCUAUUGUCGCUGAUUUCGCAAGUAGAAUCGGUGGUUCAGAAACAAGCCCCAAACCUAAUCCUUCGGGUGCUGCUCUGAUUUUGGAUUAUGGACCGAGUGAUACUAUUCCAACCAAUUCUCUUCGAGGAAUAAAAGCACAUCAACGAGUUUCUCCCCUUAGCGAACCGGGAGUCGUAGAUCUAAGCGCGGAUGUAGAUUUUAUAGCUUUAGCCGAAGCAGCUAUGAAUGCGAGUGAAGGAGUAGAAGUUCAUGGGCCUAUGGAACAAGGUGGGUGGUUGGAGAGUAUGGGGAUUAAGGAACGGGCAGAGAUGCUGGUUAAGAGUUUGGGGCAGAAAGAUGAUGAGGUUAAGAAGAGGUUUGAGGGUGCUUGGAAGCGAUUGGUUGAUAGAGGUGGAAGUGGUAUGGGCAAGGUUUAUAAGGUUAUGGCUGUGGUUCCAGAGAAUGGAGGGAGAAGGAGACCAGUAGGAUUUGGAGGUGGAGUGAUGGAUUAGAUCGUCGAUGUUGAGGUAUAUAAUUGGCCCAACUGACUGCGUCUUGAGUCGAAGGUGUAGGAGCUUACGUUAUGUAGGUACAUGUAUCAUAUUUGUACAUGAAAUAAACCCAAAAUUCAAAAGAAAGGUCUAAGUCUCUUUAAAGGCCAAUCCAGCUGCUCAAACAAAAACGUCAACUAGGUAAUAAUUACACUCGGCCGAUUUACUGUCAAAGUUGGCACUUGGAAGGGUUUAGUUCGAUUUGGUUCCAAUCGAAGCUUGGGAAUUAAUAACUCGAUUGGAUAUUGCUAGAUCGUAAAAUAGAAUCUUGCUAAUGGGAAGAAUAAUCUUCA